AUGGGGCAUGGGGAUGGGGCAUGGGGAUGGGGCAUGGGGAUGGGGCAUGGGGAUGGGGCAUGGGAUGGGGCAUGGGGAUGGGGCAUGGGGAUGGGGCAUGGGGAUGGGCAUGGGGAUGGGGCAUGGGGAUGGGGCAUGGGGAUGGGGCAUGGGGAUGGGGCAUGGGGAUGGGGCAUGGGGAUGGGGCAUGGGGAUGGGGCAUGGGGAUGGGGCAUGGGGAUGGGGCAUGGGAUGGGGCAUGGGGAUGGGGCAUGGGGAUGGGGCAUGGGGAUGGGGCAUGGGGAUGGGGCAUGGGGAUGGGGCAUGGGGAUGGGGCAUGGGGAUGGGGCAUGGGGAUGGGGCAUGGGGAUGGGGCAUGGGGAUGGGGCAUGGGAUGGGGCAUGGGGAUGGGGCAUGGGGAUGGGGCAUGGGGAUGGGGCAAUGGGGAUGGGGCAUGGGGAUGGGGCAUGGGGAUGGGGCAUGGGGAUGGGGCAUGGGGAUGGGGCAUGGGGAUGGGGCAUGGGGAUGGGGCAUGGGGAUGGGGCAUGGGGAUGGGGCAUGGGGAUGGGGCAUGGGGAUGGGGCAUGGGGAUGGGGCAUGGGGAUGGGGCAUGAGCAUGGGGCAUGGGGAUGGGGCAUGGGGAUGGGGCAUGGGGAUGGGGCAUGGGGAUGGGGCAUGGGGAUGGGGCAUGGGGAUGGGGCAUGGGGAUGGGGCAUGGGGAUGGGGCAUGGGGAUGGGGCAUGGGGAUGGGGCAUGGGGAUGGGGCAUGGGGAUGGGGCAUGGGGAUGGGGCAUGGGGAUGGGGCAUGGGGAUGGGGCAUGGGGAUGGGGCAUGGGGAUGGGGCAUGGGGAUGGGGCAUGGGGAUGGGGCAUGGGGAUGGGGCAUGGGGAUGGGGCAUGGGGAUGGGGCAUGGGGAUGGGGCAUGGGGAUGGGGCAUGGGGAUGGGGCAUGGGGAUGGGGCAUGGGGAUGGGGCAUGGGGAUGGGGCAUGGGGAUGGGGCAUGGGGAUGGGGCAUGGGGAUGGGGCAUGGGGAUGGGGCAUGGGGAUGGGGGCAUGGGGAUGGGGCAUGGGGAUGGGGCAUGGGAUGGGGUCAUGGGGAUGGGGCAUGGGGAUGGGGGCACUGGGAUGGGGCAUGGGGAUGGGGCAUGGGGAUGGCGGGAUGGGGUAUGCGGCAUGGGGAUGGGGCAUGGGGAUGGGCAUGGGGAUGGGGCAUGGGGAUGGGGCAUGGGAUGGGGCAUGGGAUGGGGCAUGGGGAUGGGGCAUGGGGAUGGGGCAUGGGGAUGGGGCAUGGGAUGGGGCAUGGGGAUGGGGCAUGGGGAUGGGGCAUGGGGAUGGGGCAUGGGGAUGGGGCAUGGGGAUGGGGCAUGGGGAUGGGGCAUGGGGAUGGGGCAUGGGGAUGGGGCAUGGGGAUGGGCAUGGGGAUGGGCAUGGGGAUGGGGCAUGGGGCAUGGUUGCAUGGGGAUGGGGCAUGGGGAUGGGGCCAUGGGGAUGGGGCAUGGGGAUGGGCAUGGGGAUGGGCAUGGGGAUGGGGCAUGGGGAUGGGUGCAUGGGGAUGGGGCAUGGGAUGGGGGGCAUGGGAUGGGCAUGGGGAUGGGGCAUGGGGAUGGGGCAUGGGGAUGGGGCAUGGGGAUGGGGCAUGGGGAUGGGGCAUGGGGAUGGGGCAUGGGGAUGGGGCAUGGGGAUGGGGCAUGGAUGGGAUGGGGCAUGGGGAUGGGGCAUGGGGAUGGGGGCAUGGGGAUGGGCAUGGGGAUUGGGGCAUGGGGAUGGGGCAUGGAUGGGGGCAUGGGGAUGGGGCAUGGGGAUGGGGCAUGGGGAUGGGGCAUGGGGAUGGGGCAUGGGGAGGGGGCAUGGAUGGGCAUGGGGAUGGGGCAUGGGGAUGGGGCAUGGGGAUGGGCAUGGGGAUGGGGCAUGGGGAUGGGCAUGGGAUGGGGCAUGGGGAUGGGGCAUGGGGAUGGGGCAUGGGGAUGGGGCAUGGGGAUGGGGCAUGGGGAUGGGGCAUGGGGAUGGGGCAUGGGAUGGGGCAUGGGGAUGGGGCAUGGGGAUGGGGCAUGGGGAUGGGGCAUGGGGAUGGGGCAUGGGGAUGGGGCAUGGGGAUGGGGCAUGGGGAUGGGGCAUGGGGAUGGGGCAUGGGGAUGGGGCAUGGGGAUGGGGCAUGGGGAUGGGGCAUGGGGAUGGGGCAUGGGGAUGGGGCAUGGGGAUGGGGCAUGGGGAUGGGGCAUGGGGAUGGGGCAUGGGGAUGGGGCAUGGGGAUGGGGGCUUGGGGGAUGGGGGAUGGGGCAUGGGGAUGGAAACGUGGGGCAUGGGGAUGGAAACGUGGGGCAUGGGGUAUGGGUAUGGGGCAUGGAAGCAAACGGAAAAGGGUUGCCCUGCCGAGGGGAUGAGGGGGGGAAAGGAAGGAGGAGAAAGGGGAGGGGAAGGAAGGAGGAGAAAGGGGAGGGGAAGGAAGGAGGAGAAAGGGGAGGGGAAGGAAGGAGGAGAAAGGGGAGGGGAAGGAAGGAGGAGAAAGGGGAGGGGAAGGAAGGAGGAGAAAGGGGAGGGGAAGGAAGGAGGAGAAAGGGGAGGGGAAGGAAGGAGGAGAAAGGGGAGGGGAAGGAAGGAGGAGAAAGGGGAGGGGAAGGAAGGAGGAGAAAGGGGAGGGGAAGGAAGGAGGAGAAAGGGGAGGGGAAGGAAGGAGGAGAAAGGGGAGGGGAAGGAAGGAGGAGAAAGGGGAGGGGAAGGAAGGAGGAGAAAGGGGAGGGGAAGGAAGGAGGAGAAAGGGGAGGGGAAGGAAGGAGGAGAAAGGGGAGGGGAAGGAAGGAGGAGAAAGGGGAGGGGAAGGAAGGAGGAGAAAGGGGAGGGGAAGGAAGGAGGAGAAAGGGGAGGGGAAGGAAGGAGGAGAAAGGGGAGGGGAAGGAAGGAGGAGAAGGGGAGGGGAAGGAAGGAGGAGAAAGGGGAGGGGAAGGAAGGAGGAGAAAGGGGAGGGGAAGGAAGGAGGAGAAAGGCGAGGGGAAGGAAGGAGGAGAAAGGGGAGGGGAAGGAAGGAGGAGAAAGGGGAGGGGAAGGAAGGAGGAGAAAGGGGAGGGGAAGGAAGGAGGAGAAAGGGGAGGGGAAGGAAGGAGGAGAAAGGGGAGGGGAAGGAAGGAGGAGAAAGGGGAGGGGAAGGACUUAGAGCUCAGUUUCGAUCUUGAUAACAAGCAGACAGGAAAUUCUCCCGACGCUGCCGACAUGGAUUCUCUGAACGACGAGGAUGUCAACAUGGCUCCCGUCAACCCGUCAGCUGCCACUAACACGUCCGUCACGAUUCCGGAGCUUUUAAAAGGCUGGACGACGGCUGCUGUCAAGGGCUUCAGAGAGGAUUUUAAGGCGCUCCUCAAGGCGAAGUCCAAACUGAAGAAGAUGAAGACGCUAAACGGCCAAGGUGUGAUCUUACACAGCAUCCGCACCAAGGUCGUGGAGUUCCAGACGAAGUACCCGGUUACUCGGGAGAAAUCUGCCGCGUCCGUCGCCUCGGUUCAUCUCGAGAACCAGAAGCGCAUUCAGGAGGAUUUCAUCAAGUCUAAGGAGUUGGAGGUUGAGGAAAUCCUGGCGGCGUCCUCCUCACAUCUCACCACUCUGGCUACUAAGCUCGAAGACUACAUCAAAAGCUUGACUGCGGAUCCGGAUCUAACCGUAUCUGAUGCGGCUAGAGAAAAAUUCCGGAAAAUCAAAGGGAUCUGCAUCGAGAAAGCCAAGUCGGAGAUUGCUGCAGCCAAAGAUGAUAUCAUCAUCAAGGAGCUGGAGAGACAGAGGAUCAGGGACGCUGAAGAUUUGAAGAAAGCAGCCGCUGCCGAAGAGAUGGAGCACCUGGAAACGGAUCCGACGAUCAACGAGCUUGUUCGAAAAGCUACUCAGAAGUACGCGGAGACGAUGCGCAAGGAGAUUACGGCGAGCGUCGAAGCGAAGCUUACUGCCAAGUUUAAGAAGAGCUUGUCGAUGGGAUCGCAGGAUUCCAAGUCGGCCCCCGCAGCAGCGAAGCCCAAGGCGGACCCGUCAAAGAGCCAGACGAACACUGGCUCCAAGGCAGAUGUACCGAAGGCUACGCGGCGUCGCGGGAAAGGAAAGAAGAAAGCGAAGUCUUCAGGCGGCGACGGAGGGAAGGGCCAACAAACUUCCUCAACUACGGCCCAGGUUCCAAAAAACGGCGGCGGCGGCCCAGGAAAAGGGCCGCGCAAGAACUAA